ACUUUUGAAACUGGAGGAUCAUAUCUGCUGCAAACUUUUGCAUCCUUGCUGAAAGGAUCAUUAUAUAUAUAUAUAGUGUGCAUGAUGCGAAUCCAAAAACAGUUGGAGGCUACUGCAGCGGCUCAUCAUGCAUAUCAAUAACCCGAGCAGAGGCGAUAUGAAGCUGAACAUAUUGGCUGGACCAUUACACUGGGGCCUCCUGCUUCUUUGUAUAGUAGGCUUGUGCAGCCAGCUUGUGUCCACUGGCAACCAAAGCUCCCGAGGACAGACAGGGUCAUUGCAGGAGAGGACAGGGACUUGUGAAGUGGUUGCUGCUCAUCGUUGCUGCAAUAAGAACAAGAUUGAGGAACGCUCUCAAACAGUCAAGUGCUCCUGCUUCCCAGGACAGGUGGCGGGGACAACGAGGGCGUUGCCCUCUUGUGUCGAAGCAUCCAUUGUUCGUCAGAAGUGGUGGUGUAAAAUGGCGCCGUGUCUGGAGGGGGAAGAGUGCCGAGUUCUCCCUGACCUCACUGGUUGGUCGUGCAUCUCUGGGAACAAAGUAAAGACCACAAAGGUGGCGCGGUAGCACGACAGAAGCUCCAUUUAAUCAGCACAAGUCUGUCCCGGUCUGCUGCAGUCACCUCAACUAACUCUGGACUCUGAGGACACUGAAAGCCCAUCAGAUAGAGCAAAGAACAAUAUAGAUUUAAUUAGAUAUCUCCUUGCUGUGCUUUAAACUGCAGGAACUCAUUAUUUUAAUUUCCAUUUAGCUUGAACACAAUUUUAGUUGGGGUUAAUCCCAUGGAGUGGACAUUCUAUUAGCAGCCGGUUUAAGAUAAAAUGACGCAUCACCCUUUCGCCGUCCAAACAGGCAGCUCCUGCAAAGUCUGUAUCUUUCUUUCAGCGCUUGAUAUGCUGGGCACAUUGUGACGCACUCAAUCAAAGUUUGGAUGGGCCUGCUGGCAGACACUUAAAAAGAGAUUUUGUGGAUUUUCAGGAGGCAGAAUGUGAAUUCAGUCAGUUCAUGACUGUCUCCGCUGAUCAAAGCAGAAGACCACAAAUACUAAGAAAUUUAUGAUUAUGUAGCAUUUGUAAACAAUGCUGUCCCGCAGACUUACUUUGAGCUUUGUAAAGAGGUCAGAUCCCUUUGGACUACUCCUUACCACGAAGAGGCACUCUCCCAAACACACACACACACACACACACACACACACACACACACACACACACAGUUCUUUUCAACUCCACUGGUUGGACAGGCCACCACCUGCAAGGCUGUGAUGGCAUGCACACAAGCAUGAAGCUCUGAUGCAAAACAAGGACUGUUUGAAAUGCUAAUCAUGGGGAGAAAGGGGAGAGAGGAGAAGACAAGCUUCUUCACUGCUGCGAGUAUUUACAUCAUGCUUUUGUUUGUCUCUCUGUGGAGGAAACUCUGCUCAUAGUAAUGAUAGGAAAUAUUGGAGAUUCUCUGCCUUGAAGCAAAUUGUAACCACUAACAGAACAGAGUAUUUACUGUUAUUACCAUUUCAUCAGUUGUUCUUAUUACAUGAAUAAUAUUCCCCCACCCCGAUUGCCUCUCUUUUAUCUCUUGAGUUCAGUCACACACUUUGCAUUUUACCUUUGCGAUGAAGAGCUAUUUUAUAAUAACACCAACGCAGUGACUGCAAAUCAUCCUGUCGGAGGCAUCAGACUUGUAUGAAUGCCUCAUGCUGUGCUAGUUGAAAUCAGCUGAAUUCUAAGCAGUUUAUUCAACAUUUACGCAACGCAAUUAUACAUUAUGGUUGUCUUGGGAUCCUUCACUGAGCUGUCAUGCAGUUCAAGUCACUUUAUGCAUGGCUUUGCUUUGUAAGAUUUCAAGUUCUGAUUGUCAUUUAAUGUUGGCAGUGUUGUGAAUGUCAACAAAAUCAUGUCAUUUUAAGAUCCAUAUACUGAUAUUGAAUGUGUUGGAUAUUUUAGAAAACCUCCCUUCUCUAAAUCAAUCCACUAAGAUGGAGUUGUAUGCCUCUGUUGAAGCUGAUCACAUAACAAAUUGUGAUUCUGUUCAUGGGCUUUGUAACGUGUCAUUGUGUAUCUGUUUUUAUAAACUCAUCAGAAGCUUGUGAUGCAGCUGACGACGGUAUUAUAAACACGAUCUGACAAGAUCAGUCAGGUAACGUAUGAAGAUGGUGGUUCAACAUACUGUUUACAAAAGACCUCGGUGUAUUCUAUUUGAGUGCUGACUUUAAAAUGGGUGGAUGCAGGAAUAGAGACUCUAAUGUAAUUCAAUCCACGCCACAAACCACUGUGUGGCAUCGAAAUUACCUUAGAUGUGAAUGAACAUCUCUCUGGCACAAUACAAGCUUGAAUAGGGCGCAGCUGUUGCACUUGAAGGAGUGCUACAAUGACCUGUGUUGAAACCACGUUAACACAGUAUUAUUUCAGAACAUACAGCUUUAAAUUUUAACUGCGUAAAUAUUUUUUCAAGCAAACAUGCAAAAAACAUCAUCUGGUUCCAGCAUCUAAAUUGUGAUAAACUGCUUUUUUUAAAUUCUUAUGUGGUUUUUGAGCGUUGGUCAGACAAAAUAUGCAAUCUGAAGCCAUCACACUGGGAUUCAGGAAAUCAUGAUAGGCAUUUUUUUUAUUAUUUUCUGACAAUAUUUAGAUAGAAUGUUUAAAUCAGGAGCCUGCAGAUAAUAAUCGUUAGUUGUUUUUCAUAAUUUGUGACAUUUGAUCUGGUUCAGUUUUGGCAGCUGAAGCUUGUACUGCAAGUUCAACUCAAGAGCGGGUUUGGCUUCUCCAGAAGUCCAACAGUAGUCUUAUCCGCUAUUCCUGCUCAUUGAACCAUUCAUAUUGUACAAAAAUACAGAGCUCAUUGAAGUUAAAGGUUCCAAGACUGUUCUUAAAAUCUGAGUAGAUCUGGACAAGAAAGCGUACGAAAGAAAAGGAACUCCUGGAGCUACAUUUUCUCUCCGACUAUACAGAAGCUGCAGAGACGAUGAAUCCACUGGGAAUUGAACUGAAUAGGGUGAUGUGUGACUUACAUAUACCAUCCUUACACUCACUUCUGUUUUUCACAAACAUAUUGCGAUUUCAAUUUUUGCUGCACACAGUAUAAAUAAUGCACUUGUAUAUUGUUUGUAACCUUUAUAGCCAUAUUUGUUCAAAUAAGAGAUUUUGUUUUCAAAUUCUCAACAACAACUAACUUUCUGGGAUAAAAGUUUGAAAUAAGGUAAAAGUAUUUUGCGCCCCAGUGGGAUUUAUGUCAACGAUAACAGCAAGAAUCCGCAAAUUUGUGCCUAUAUUUCUAAAAUACUAUGCAGCAAGGAGCUGGUGUGACAUUCAUUAGGUGACUUUCAGAUGUGUCCUAGAUGGUUCAUACCCACUCUUCAGCAAAGUUUAAGAAAUCUUUCAACACUGCUUCAUUAUCUUUAAAAUAACCUUAAAGCCAGUCAAAAGAGCUUUAUCUCUGUUAGUCUGGAGAAAUUGCGCAGAAACCCUCUGAGCAGCUGUCACAAUACAUGGCUUUAAAACAAAAAUCAUAGCCUGAAUUCAAAAUGAAGGCAGCCAAAGUAAGGUAAUUAAGGUAGGAGUUAAGGGAUUCUCCCUCUUAGCUUGAACAUGUUGCACACAAGAAACAUUCUUGACAGAUGACACAAUAACAGAUGAACUGAAGACUAAAUAAGUUCACAAUUUUCUCCAUUCCAUCCACAAAAUGAAACAGAAAAGUUGUUAUUUACAAAGGCCGGAACAAUUCUUUAGCUUUGAGUCUCGUACCUCAAACCGCCUCACAAAUAACACAUUUCUGGCAGCUUAUUUGAUAUCAGUUUGCAGGUGAUAUGUGGUAGAGAACCUUCCCUCUCUUGUGAGUGUCUAUUGGGGACAGUAGUUCAUAUUCACUAAUAGAAAAUAAACUGUCCUGGGGCACAUGAAAAACAUAAUGAAAACGCUGUUCUAUUCCCCUUUAACAACUUUUUCCUCACAUGGAGUUGACACUUGUAAUAAAAAU